GCUGUGUGGGUGUUGUCUCACUGCUCAGUCCUGUGAAAGUUUGUCUUCAGCUCUACAGUCAUCAAACUCUGUCCUGAGAGAGCUGGAUCUGAGUAACAAUGACUUGCAGGAUCAUGGAGUGAAGCUUCUUUCUGUUGGACCGAAGAGUCCAAACUCUAAACUGGAGAUAUUGAGACUUUCCAUAUGUAAUCUCACUGCUCAGUCUUGUGAGAGUUUGUCAUCAGUUUUAAAAUCCUCAAACUCUGUCCUGAAAGAACUGGACCUGAGUAACAAUGACCUGCAGGAUUCUGGAGUGAUGCUUCUUUCUGGAGGACUAGAGAGUCCAAACUGUCAGCUGGAGAUACUGAGGUUGUCUGGCUGUAUGGUGACAGAGAAAGGCUGUCAUUGUGUGUCUUCAGCUCUGAGUUCAAACCCCUCACACCUGAGAGAGCUGGAUCUGAGCUACAAUCACUCAGGGGAUUCAGGAGUCAAGCUGCUUUCUGAAAAACUGAACGGUUCAAACUGCAAACUCAGUGUGGAUCAUGGAGGAGAAUCCAGGAUUACAGCAGGAUUGAAGAAAUAUGCCUGUUUUCUCACACUGGAUCCAAACACAGCACACACUGAACUCAGUCUGUCUGAGGACAACAGAAAGGUGACACAUGUGAAAGAGAAUCAGUCGUGUCCUGAUCAUCCAGACAGAUUUGAUGCGUUUCCUCAGGUGUUGUGUAGAGAGAGUGUGUGUGGACGCUGUUACUGGGAGAUUGAGUGGAGUGGAGAUCUUGUGUUUAUAUCAGUGUCAUAUAAGAGCAUCAGCAGGAAGGGAGACGGUGAUGAGUGUCGGUUUGGAUCUAAUGAUCAGUCCUGGAGUUUGAUCUGCUCUCCUGACAGAUACUCAUUCAUACACAAUAACAUAGCGACUGAGCUCCCUGUGAAUCCCAUCAGUAGUAGAAUAGGAGUGAAUGAUGAUGAUGAUAAUAAUAAUAUCUAUAGAGUAGGAGUGUAUGUGGAUGUGAGUGCAGGAACUCUGUCCUUCUACAGCGUCUCUGACACAAUGAGUCUCAUCCACACAGAACAGAUCACAUUCACUCAGACGCUCUGUCCUGGGUUUUAUGUUUGGUGUGGAUCAGUGAAACUGUGUUGAUGAAUGAGAAUAGACUAAUGAGAGAUUGUACCCAUAAUGCUUUGAGCUGCUGAUGAAUCAGUAAGAGUGAGAUGUUCUGGAGUCUCUUCAUGACAUUAAUACUGCAGCUCAACUUCUGUCACUCAAAUAACAGUCAGAAUAAAUGAGUGUGUGUGAGUCUAGAUUUGUGUUUUUAUUGUUGUGUCUCAUCACUCAUUUGUUUUAUUAGUGUUAAAAAUGUCAAAAUGUCACAAUCUUGACAAUCAAGAUCAUGUCAUUCAUUUCUCUUGUUUUUGUACAGAAAUAAUAAAACACUGAUAAAUCAAGUUGAGAUCAGAUUUUAAUUGAUGUUUGUAUCAUGAAUAUAAUCGAUUUCUCACAAGACUGAAAUGAACUUUUGACAUUAUGAAAUGUGACAUGAAUCAGAGCAUUUAAUAAUAAUGAUUAUUGUACCUACAGUAAAGAUGUAUUAAAUUACAGGUUCUCUUUAAA